AUGGUACAUAUCCGACUCUUCCUCGAUGGCGAACGACAGUACAGUAAAAUCACCGGUCCAACGGGUCCACUCGUCUACCCGGCCCUCCAUGUCUACAUCUACACUGCCCUGUACCACCUCACGGACGAAGGAACGAACAUCCUGCGAGCGCAGGUCAUCUUCUCAGGUCUAUACCUUAUUACACUGGCCGUGGUGCUAGCAUGCUACAGACGCGUCGGCGCACCACCGUGGCUGCUGGUGCCGCUGGCAUUGAGCAAGAGAUUGCAUUCCAUAUUCGUGCUGCGGCUGUUCAACGAUUGCUGGGCUGCUUUGGGUUUGUGGGUGGCUAUCUACUUGCUACAGCGACGGAAUUGGGCAGCAGGGACGCUCGUCUGGGGCUUGGGUCUGGGAGUCAAGAUGACGCUUCUGCUGGCCGCGCCAGGUGUGGGUGUUGUGCUUCUACAAGGAGCAGGGCUCGCCGGCGCGGUAUGGUCUGGGUUGUCGGUUCUUCUCUCCCAGAUGGUCCUGGCUACGCCUUUCUUGAACUCAGCUACAGGUGUGGAUUAUUUUCUACGCGCAUUUGACUUCGGACGGCAAUUUCUCUUCAAAUGGUCGGUCAAUUGGAGAUUUAUUGGCGAGGACACUUUUCUCUCGAAAGGCUUCGCGAUUGGUCUACUGGUGGUGCAUGUCACCUUGCUGCUCACAUUCCUCCAGGCCAAAUGGAUUCGCCCGACUGCUUCGAGCCUAUGGGGAUUUGUGACCAAGUAUUUGGGCGCGAUCAAUGAGUCCGAACGCACCAGGGUGUCACAGAAGAUCUCCCCCACCUUCGUCAUGGACACUGUGCUGGGCAGCAUGGUGAUCGGUCUUCUUUGUGCCAGGAGCCUGCACUAUCAGUUCUAUGCGUAUCUCGGAUGGGCCACACCCUAUCUUCUCUGGAGGGCAGGAGGUGGCCCAGUGUGGGUGCUAGUCAACUGGGCCGUUCAGGAGUAUUCUUGGUUGGUUUUCCCAAGUACAGACAUGAGUUCCAGCCUGGUGGUCUUGGAGCUUGCGGUGCAGGCCAUGUGUGCUCUUAUUGCUCCUCCAGUUGAUCACAUUCGCGGCCCGAUGAAGAAGGGUGUGAAAAGUGGUUGA